AGCUGUUACACUUCUGACUUCUGACCUUAAUAAAUAACCUCGUCUUCCUCACUAAUUUUGGUUUGAUGUUUUUCUUCCUCGUUUUAGAUUCAUACCUGGCAAGUUAGUAACACAUAAAUAUGGAUAUGACCUCUUCUAUCCGACAGGAGCAACCGUUAAAAAUAUCCUAUGUCUCACGGCGCUUACAGUAAACUUUACUGUAAGCGCCGCUUUCUUUAACUUACAUAUAUUCCUUUUCUUGUUUGCACUUCGAACAUCGAUUUUACGUUUUAAAGUCCGGCAAACGCGAUGUCUUCCGGAACAACGUCCACGAGCGCCUUCUACCGUGCCUGUGGUUGGUGGGGCGGCUGCGGUUGUCGCGAGGACAAAUUCGAGGACAAGAACAGCGAGCGAAGCAGCACGCUGCGCUACUUCGAGCUGGAACGGAAGACCGCAGCUGGCGAGGGCGGAAUCCGGGAGUCUGCGGCACAGAAGCAGUACGGGUUACUGGAUGUCGUCGAUGAAGAUGCUGAAGACGUCACGGGUUAUAAUUUCUUCCGCGGAAGAACAAGUAGCGCAAGAACCGGAAGCCGGUUUUCUGCUGCCGAGACGACGCAGGAGCGCAUGUCGGAACAAGCAGGACAAGCCACGAGGAUGUCGGGCUUGGAUCUGACCGACGAGCUGGAGGACAUCUUGCUCGCGAAGCAGCGCGCUUCCCAGGCGAAGACGCAGCUGCUGGUCGAGGCCCAGGAGAAGCUGCAGCUCGAGGAGGAGCAACACAGGCUCAGGUUGGAAGAAUUGGAGCGAAAAUUCGAAGAGGAGCGAAAGCUGGUGGAGAGCAUUCUCGCGCGGGAGCAGGCGGAAAAGGCGCGCGCGGAGGCGGAAAAGGCAAAGCUCUUCGCGGAACAGGAACAGCUGCAGAAGGAGCGCGACGACGCUUUGAAAAACGCCGAAAAGGAAAAAGCAGAGAGCGCAGCUCUCAAGAACCAAGACGUCACCGCUUUGAAAAGCCAAGAACUCCGCAUCCAGCAACUCGAAACCCUCCUCGAGAAGCAAAAAUCCGCCGCGGACGCCGCCGCUCAGCGCGCGCAAGAGGAAGCCACCGCGCUCCAGCGCGAGCGGGAGAGGGCAUCGACCGCACGGAAACUUGCCCUGGAGGAGAAGGAGAACGAACUGCGGGCGGAAUCCGAGCGCGGGGCCGUGCGCGCGCGGGUGCUGGAAGCGGCUUUGGAGGCCGAGAAGGUUGCCGCGGAAGACGCCAUGCGCCGCCAGCGGCUCUCGGAACAGCGCCGGUUCUCCGUCGCCCGGCUCGGGUUUCUGGAGGAAAAGGAGAAGGUAUUGGAGGAGGAGAAGGACGCGCACGCCGCGAAAAUGCUGGAAUUAGAGCAGUUGCUCGAGGACCAGAAGAAGCAAACUGCCGAGGCAGUCCAACGCGAGAAGACCGAGAAGAUCCGGUUUGCGGAGACGCUGCUGCAGGCGGAAAAGGACAAAGCGCAGUUGCUACGGGAGAAGGAACUGGCGCUGCAAGCAGAGGCGGAAAAGACGAGCAAACGGCUCCAGGAGCUGAUUGCGUUGGAGAACGAGAAGAGCAAGAAAAGCAACGAGGAUCUCGUGCAGCAGCAGGAGAGUGAGCUGAAGUUUUUUCGCGACCAGGAGCAGAAGAUGCGGGCGGAGAAUGCGGCGCACAAGCUGAGAAUGGACCAGUUGGAGCAGGCUUUGGAGCAGCAGCAGCAGAUUCUGGAGCACGCGGUCGCGCAAGACCGCGAGCGCCAGGCGCAGUUUGACGCCGAUCAGCACCGCGCGUCCCUGGCGAAGCGCGCGAUUUUGGAAGAGACGGAACAGGCGUUCAAGCUGCAGAUUGAGGAGCGCGAGAAGAAGAUCCUGGAGCUCGAGGCCGCGCUGACCGAGCAGCUCCACCUCGCGGCCGAGGGGCUGGAGCGGGAGGUGGAGGAGAGCGAGGAGCACGAGCAGCAGCGGGACUUCGUCUCGCGGACGAAGACCGAGCUGGAGCACGAGCGGGAGGCGGAACUGCAGAAGGAGGCGGAGCGGCAGCAGCUGCGCCUGCGCGAGUUGGAGAAGGCGCUGGAGCGGCAGAGGCAGGCGGGCGAGGAGCGGCUGCGCCAGGAGCAGGACGCGCAGGAGCGGCGCGCGAGCCAGGAGCGGCAACAGCUACUGGCGGAACAGGAGGAGGUGCUCGCGGAGGAAAAGCGCAAGUUUCAGGAGAAACUGGCGGAACUGGAGGCGCGACUGCAGAAGGAGAAGCGGAAAACGGACGCGAUCGCCGCCCGCGAGGUGGAGCGCGCCCAGAAGCUGAUCGCCGGCCAACUAUGGAUUGCAAAACUGUCUGGGUCUGGAAGGAUGUAACUUGUGAUGCGCAUUUCAGAACACACAAAAAUCUCUGAUGCAUAGGCAGCAAAAGCUGCCCACUUUCUGUCACCAAAGUGAGGGAUCGAUUUCUCAUGCGGAUUCAGCAUUGCGGAAUGUUCUCGAGACCUGUAAUGCUAGAGCUUCCAUGCCAGACCUUCGGUGUCAUACAGGAACAGCAUAACUCUUCCAGACCCAGACACUUUUACAUUUCAUACCAACUCGCGGCAGACAAGGCGCGCGCGGACCUGCUCAGAGCUCGCGCUGAGGCGCUGCAACGACAGCGGACAAGGCAGGCAGAAAGCAUGAAGGACUUGUUAAGUGCGGACGGAGAUGGAGGUGAUGAAAAUAUCAACGACGAAUCAAACGAAAAUGACAGGACGUCCGCAAGAAAUAAAAUGGACGAGGACAAGGACGCUCAACAACGACUCUCGCGGCGCCCCCGCGGCGGGGGUGCGUCGAAGUCGAAGAAAGACGGUGCAGCUUCUCCGAGCUCGCCGUUUUUUGUAGCUCAGCGCGUGGCGGGAGGUGAGGGCAGCCAGAAAGAACAGGCGAACCGAGGAAGUAGUUCUGUCUCCAACACCAGGACAACGUUAAGCGAAAGGCGAGCAACCGAAGUUCUUGGUCGCAGCAGCCAGGCCCAGAUUGCUUCCCAGCCUGGAGGCCCCCGCGCCUCCGCGAGCGCCGAUCCCAGCCGCUGGGUCCAGGAACAGGAGCAAGCCGUCACCCUGGGUGCUUGGCAAUCUGCAGCAGAGAAGAUCUAUGAUGCCGCGGAGGAAGAGCACGAGUUGACCAAAUUGAUUGUCGCCAAACAGGAAGCCGAAACGCAAACCGAUUACAAUGCUCCUCCUGCCCUUCAGACGAAUAAAAAAGCCCCAGGCGGCGCCGGUGGCACGGCCGGUGCUCCAGCAGUCGCAGUCCCUCCGCUCGCUCUCUCGGGCAGCACAUCCGCGACGCCGACGCAGGUGAACCCCGCAUUCACCACCGCAUUACAAAAGAAUAAAAUUAUCUCGCCGCGUGCUGGAGGGGCAAACGCAAAUAAAGUUGGGGCCACCUCCACAUCGUCUCCCCGCUCGGGCGCGGCCAACAAUAGUCCCAGGACAGCGAACAGAACCACCGAAGAACAGCAGAAGCUGCGCGAGCUGGACUUUCAUCUCGACCACGAAAAAGACGUCGGCUCGGUGCUGGGCGCGGCCAAACUCUCCCCGAAGGGCUGGGAAACCUCGCUGCGUGGCGCCGGCGGGGGCGCCGCGUUUUCGCCACGCGGAGCAGGCGGUGGGGCCUUUUCACCGAGGACCAUGUCGACCACUUCGCCCAGAACCAUGUCAGCUACUUCACCCAGGUCUGCAGGAGCUGCAGCUCCUAGUACAACUACUAUGCAGGCGAAAGUAUGUAGUUCCGCGCUUUUAGAUGAAGUGUAACUCUGCUCGUGUGGAGGUUGUAAAUGCAGAUGACAGUGCAAGUGCAUAGAGGAACGGAAGACUGACACACAACUUGUCGUGCGCGAUCUCAAGAACCAAAAUCAUGCUAGCCUUUUUUCAACCGGGUACGGGAUUUCAUUCCGUUUUUCUAUGCAUGACAAGGUCUUUUCAUUUUGAUUUUCUGGUCAUGCGGGGUACCACAUCUCUUCCUCUAUGAGCCGCAACAAGAAAAUUACACGACACGAGGACAGCGCACUUUUACUUUUUUCUGCAAUAACCACUACUACGCCGUCGAAGAAGUUUACGCCAAGCGCACGAUGAACGCUGUUCGACGCAGCUGCGACGACGACAGGAAAAAGUUGGCGGGGCCGGUGCGACGCCUGCCAUUCUUUUCAUUCACGAGGUCAGUCCUUUUAGGACUUUUCUUAUUUUAUCAUUUUCAUCAUGUCUUUUACUUUUUGUUUUGUAUGCAUUUAGCUUUUUCGUGCAACUUGAACUUUUCUUGAUUAUUCUUCGUGCGACAUUUUUGUCAAGUAUUCUAUGGCAGACUUGGCUCUCUUGCCCGAGUUGAAGAGGGUCAAUGAAUUUUAUUUUUACGUAGGAAUAUGAUUUCUUUUUCUACUUCUUCUCUAUCAUGUGAACGCCAUCUGCUCUUCGGGUGCAGCACUAGGUGAGGACGUCCUCGAUGGAUAUUCUGUUAAAGUGUGUGACGUUUUGCUCUUCAGCUAGAGUUCUUUUCUUGGAUCGAGAUUCUGAAAGAGUGGAUAUAAACAAAAAGAUAGAAAUAGAAUAU